AUGGACUCAAAUUACGUGACCAUCACCACUGCUGCUGUGGAGCAGGCACUGGAGGAAGUCCCAGAAUGGACUCAGUGGCAGACAGAAACCAGAUACAGGAGCUGGAUUCUGGAACUGGAUUUAGGAACACAGGCACAGAAAUCAUGGAUCGAAAGAGCAUUUUACAAGAGAGAAUGUGUCCAUAUCAUACCCAGCACCAAAGACCCCCAUAGGUGUUGCUGUGGUCGUCUGAUAGGUCAACACGUUGGACUGACUCCAAGCAUCUCCGUUGUUCAGAAUGAGAAAAAUGAAAGCAGGCUUACUCGCAAUGACAUCCAGCUGGAGAAGUGGUCCAUCAGCAAGCACACGCAGCUCAGCCCGACGGAUGCUUUUGGAACCAUUGAGUUCCAAGGAGGAGGCCACUCCAAUAAAGCCAUGUAUGUACGGGUGUCUUUUGACACAAAGCCUGACCUUCUUCUGCACCUGAUGACCAAAGAGUGGCAGCUUGAGCUCCCUAAACUUCUCAUCUCUGUGCAUGGGGGCCUUCAGAAUUUUGAACUUCAGCCAAAACUCAAACAAGUCUUUGGAAAAGGCCUCAUUAAGGCUGCUAUGACAACUGGAGCAUGGAUAUUCACUGGAGGAGUAAACACAGGAGUCAUUCGGCAUGUUGGAGAUGCACUGAAAGAUCAUGCCUCAAAAUCUCGAGGGAAGAUCUGCACAAUUGGUAUAGCUCCCUGGGGGAUCGUGGAAAAUCAAGAGGAUCUGAUUGGCAAAGAUGUGGUUCGACCAUACCAGACAAUGUCCAAUCCCAUGAGUAAGUUGACAGUGCUCAACAGCAUGCAUUCUCAUUUUAUUUUGGCUGACAAUGGCACUACUGGUAAAUAUGGAGCAGAGGUGAAACUUCGCAGACAGCUGGAAAAGCACAUUUCACUUCAGAAGAUAAAUACAA